GCUUAAUGAUGACGCGGCGUUGGCUGCAGCGGCUGCUGGUUCUCCUGCGCGCUGCUUGUGCGGGGAGCGGAAACCAAAUCGAGGAAGUUGUGCGAGGGAGGGUGAGGUGCCGCUGUCGGUGCCAGUGACAGAUAAACACAGCGGGACGCUGAGUCUGAACCGGAAAAAGAGACAGUCAAAUCGGACCGAAGGGACCAGGGGUGCCCACGAAUUAUGAUGGCAGACGCAGCUAAAUCCAAGCGUCGGGAGCAGCUGAAACGCUGGGCCGGUUCUAUGACAGACAGGGAACCAGCGGUGCCCAGGCGAAGGUGGCGAGGCGAUGCGUGGGAGGCGGGCGAGCCAAAGGCCCGACAACCCACCGAGACUGAACCAGUGUGCCCGCUGGGACAAGGCGGAAGGACCGAACCCGAGGGCGAUAGAGCAGACAGCACCGUCGGGCGAAGGCGACGGGUGCGGUUUGAAAGAACAGCUGAGUUUCUCGCGGCCUGUGCCAGCGGCGACGCGGACGAGGCCAGUGAGAUGCUGCGAGACACCGGGGGGAAGAAAGAGAACCCCGAGGAAGGUUCUGGGGGCAUCGUGAACAGUACCAACGCCGAUGGGAUCACCGCACUGCACCAGGCCUGUAUAGAUGGGAGCACGGAGAUGGUGGUCUUUCUCCUGGAACACGGCGCCAGCAUCAAUCAGGCUGACAAUGAAGGCUGGACACCACUCCAUGUCGCUGCAUCAUGUGGGAAUCUGGAGAUCACAGAUUUCUUGUUGCAGAAUGGUGCCGAUGUGUGUAAGGUGAACUGUGAUGGUGAUGUCCCUCUGGACAUCGCCGAAGACGAGGACACGGAGGCCUUGCUGCGUCAACACACCCUACAACGGGGUAUCGACGUAGCUACAGUGAAGAGGGAGGAGGAAGAGCACCUCAUGAGAGAUGCAAGGACAUGGCUUUCUGAGGGAUUGCCCUCUGACCUCCGACACCCCAAAACGGGAGCCACCCCCCUGCAUGUAGCAGCUGCCAAAGGAUACAUUGAGGUCAUCAAACUGCUGUGUCACUGCGGGAUGGAUGUGUCCCUGACGGACACCGAUGGCUGGACGGCCUUCCACGCGGCAGCACACUGGGGACAGGGAGAAGCCUGCAGGAUCCUGGCUGAGCAUCUCUGCAACAUGGAGGCCCGCAGCAACGCGGGUCAGACUCCGUUUGAUGUGGCUGAUGAAAGCAUGAAAGUCCUGCUGGAGGAGCUCUCGCAGAAACAGGAACAUUGGCGCAGUGAACAGUCUGUGAACGAGCGACAAAACGUGGUGGAACCUGCCGCUGCCAACACAUCCAGCAAAAACCGAAGGAGCUCCGUGUGCCGGAUGAGCAGCAGAGAGAAGAUGAACGUGCAAGACCAGUCAAAGGAGAAGGGGGUCCCUGGAGGGCUGGAACUGAGGGAGGAGGAAAGAGAGAGCAGCCCUGAAAACUCCACCAUGUCAAGCCCAGAAAGCGAAAAAACUCUCCCACCUACUGUUACUCUCUCCAAGACGUGUGAAGAAGAGAAUGAGAGGAAGGAGAAAGAAAGGGAGAACAGGACAGCACGAGUUCAGCCCACCCUUCAGAGAAAUGCAUCUUCUACCUCUGAAAGCUCCAGCACUGACAAGCGCAAAUUUCAGACCUCUACGAGAGACGAGGAGUCAGAGUCACAGAGGAAAGCACGGUCCAGACUCCUGCGGCAGUCAAGACGCUCCACCCAGGGUGUGACGCUCACAGACUUGAAGGAGGCAGAGAAGAGCAUUGGCAAAAGUCCAGACAUCCCACGCAGCGUUCAGGCAGUCAGCCCUGUUGUGACUGUGACUCCUGCCGAACGAGGCACCAAAUACUGAAGAGAUACUAAGUUG